GGCAAUUUCCCGAAGGCCGGGCUUUCGUUGGUGCGAGCUCAGACAUCGCCGCGCACAUCGCACGCAGAGCAGCAGAGCGAUUCGCUUCGUCGACCAUGGAGGAGUAAACUGCAAUUGCUCACAUCGCAUCGUAAUCAGUGCGGCGCAAAAUGUGCGCGUUCGUCUGUGCAGGUGCAGGGCUCGCUCGGCCUCUGCCUCUGCGCCAAUUCGGACUCGCGGAUUCGGAAGAAACCUCGCCAGCAUUCGUUUCGCUGCGGCGCUGCCCGAAGACGCAGAAGCGGAAGCAAAAGCAGGACGUGCUCGGACUCGUUCGUGCUCAGGCCAAGGCGGAGGUCGGAGUGGAAUCAGGUGCUCGAGCGAGAGGGCCUUUGAAGCAAGGCGGGCUCGACGUAAUUGGAAAUGCGCGAGCUGUGGACUUGUCGUCGUACCGAGCGGAUGGAAGCGGGGAGUCGUGCGUGGAUUGGAAUAGCGAUGCGAGGUUGCGGAGGAGCUGCGAGGUUGGGAAAGCAUUGCGGGUCGCCGUGUUGGUGAGCGGUGGAGUGGAUAGCAGCGUGGCGCUGCGCCUGCUCUGCGAUGCCGGUCACUCGUGCACUGCGUAUUAUCUGAAAAUUUGGUUCCAGGAGGACUUCGAGAAUUUCUGGUCCGCCUGUCCCUGGGAGGAAGACUUGAGCUUCGCGCAGAGCGUUUGUAGCGAUGCGGGCGUCGAGCUCAAAGUCGUGCACCUGACCGACGAGUACUGGGCCAAGGUGGUGUCGGAAAGCCUCGCGGAAAUUCGAGCCGGAAGAACCCCUAAUCCCGACAUGCUGUGUAACUCGAAGAUCAAAUUCGGAGAUUUUCUCGAGCACAUUAAAGAUUCCUCAUUCGACCGGAUCGCGUCAGGGCACUAUGCUCGGGUGGAGAGAGUUCCCGGCUCUACUAACAAUAAUAACAACAGCGAGCACCGAAUUGCCCAGCUCUGCUUAUCUCCCGACGAGGUCAAGGAUCAGACCUACUUCCUGUCCCAGCUUACACAAGAGCAAAUGUCUCGCCUCAUGUUCCCCAUCGGAGGGCUGGCCAAGUCGGAAGUGCGGCAGGUUGCAGAGGCCAUGGGCCUGUCGAACAAACAGCGCAAGGAUUCUCAGGGCAUUUGCUUUCUCGGGAAGGUGAAAUUCCGCGAGUUCAUCGAAAGGCAUCUCGGCGAGAAGGAAGGGCUGAUGCUGGAAGCUGAGACCGGCGAGGUUUUAGGUACGCACACAGGAUUCUGGUUCUACACCAUCGGACAGCGGCAAGGCCUGCGCCUCUCGAACGGACCCUGGUUCGUGGUCGCCAAAGAUGUGCAGCACAAUGUGCUGUUCAUCUCCAGGAAGUACUUCAGCGACAAGAAAAGGCGCUCGUUCCGAGUCGGCGCUCUGAAUUGGAUCUCGGGGCACCCUCCCUCUGCUCUGACAGGGAUGCGCUGCAAGGUUCGACAUGGUCCCAAAAUGUAUGGUUGUAGUUUCCAGUUCGAUGGCUCCCAAGAAUCCACUUCCCUUCCUAUGAAUUCUCAAACAGCGACGGUGCUGCUAGCUGAAGACGAUCAAGGAAUCGCUCCCGGACAGUAUGCUGCAUUUUAUCAGGGUGAUGUGUGCCUCGGGUCAGGAGUUAUUCUCGAAGCGUUGGGAGAUGAUCAGGAAGUCAAUGUGUCCGCCACAGCUUUGGCUGCCGCCAGAACGCACGGCGAUCCUCGAGUCUGGAAAGACUCGAAGCCUUCGAGGAUUCGGUCCGCUAGUGUACUCAAGGGAGAUGAGGCAGAGCGGAAUCGAGGAAGGAGGACCAAAAGUACGAGCACAUCUGGAGACGUCGCCGAUUCCAUUUCACCACCGAGCCCCUCUCCCUCUCCCUCUCCCUUGCCCGAGAAUGUGUACCCGAAUUCAGCCUCGAGAAACUGGACACUUUCAUCAAUCUUGUCCCAGGCCAUGUCAUGGUUCAAGGUCUCUUGAAUAAACACCACGGAUUUGGAAUUUGAGGGGCUCAGUCUUCACGAUGUGUGCGUGAGGUUUGUGUUUGCCAUGAGGUUUUGCACGCUCGAAAGAAAGAGAUCCAAACAGACUCCAGUGUCCACUACUCUACGGAAUCUUGGGUUCCAGGCCAGGCCAGGCCAGGCCACAGCUCUAUGACAUGGUUACACUACGAGGCUCUGGCCUUGCAGUUCUGUUUCGGACCAUUUCGGUGGUGCUAGGAAGGCCAUGCCACGUCCAGAUCCCAGAGUCCGGAUGCUGCGUGCGAGCAGUGUCUGGGCCUAAGAUCACGAUCUUCGGGAUGAAUAUACUUACAGAUGGCAAUGGCUUCAGAUGCGAUCUUCGUUCCGGACACCACUUAGAGCUGCCACUAAGUGUGUACUCUCUCCCACAAAUUGACUAAUCUCGACUUUCAUCCCUCUACUCUCGAGUGCAAUCAGAGUUUAUUCUCCCAAUAGUGCCAUGUCGAAUGAUUGACAUCCUCCCUUUAAUGAUUAUUAGAUUGUAACUAGCAAAUGUUUCUAAUAAUAACUUGAUAUUAUUCAAUAAUCACAAUUCCAAAUAUAAUUUGGGAGAUACGAUUACUAUCAUGAUCGCAAUUGAAAAUCGCAAGAAUGGAAAAACGUGAGAUAGGUUUAUUUAAACAUCUAUCUCAACAAUUUAGGUUUUUCAGACAUAAGUAAAAUAUUUCGCUACACAUAGUAUCAUUGUCCUGAUUUU